GAAGUAUCACGUAUUAUAUGUACGAGGACGGGUGUGCAAUAAGCAGAUGCAGUCAAAGUCAGCCUAUACAGCAGCGAAAGCUCAGUCAAAGACCAACGACCCGUCAAGACAGUCUAUCAAGCAUGCACGCCAAGCAGAUGCAGGAGAAGUGAGUGCACGUAAAUCACGCCCAGCUAUUGUACCUGGUGGGAGGCGUCAUGGAAACUCAGGAGUGGCUGUUGGUGCAAAACUGCUGCUGAAACCUGAUGAUCAGCUGGAACUCACAGACGAGGAACUCAAAGAUGAGGUGACCCGUGUUCUAACAUCAAAUCAUGCACAAAUUGUGACAGACCUUGUGGAAUACAGCUACAAAGAAGGUCGCUAUGUUGUACUUCCUUCUACAGGAGCAACCUUCAUUAUAUUCAGAACUGAAGGCACAAUUUUACACAAAGAUUCAGACGAAGCCCGCCAACAACUGUUUGGAGAAGGUGGUGGGUUUGCUGUUGCACCAUUCCUCAUUAGUCUCAUCCUCAAGACAAAGAAUGUGAAUUUGGUGAAUGUGGUAGUUAAAGAAUGUAGUAGUAGUGAUCCAGAAGGUGGAGCCAUUUCCGAUAUUGGUGACUUAAUUGAGGGAGCUGAUGGAAAGGAAACUGGAGAAGAGAAAGAGAAGACACGAUGA